UUUGUAUGAUUUUCUAGCAUGGACACUGUCGCUGGCCAUAGUUGUCAUCUUCUCCAGCAGCUACAUGAGCAGCGUAUUCAGGGUCUUCUCUGUGACUGCAUGUUGGUGGUAAAAGGUGUCUGCUUUAAAGCACACAAAAAUGUAUUAGCUGCUUUCAGUCAAUAUUUCAGGACUCUUUUUCAGAAUUCUUCAGGCCAGAAGAAUGAUGUCUUUCACUUGGACAUUAAAAAUGUAGGUGGGAUAGGCCAAAUCUUGGACUUCAUGUACACGUCUCACUUGGAUCUUAGCCAGGACAAUGUACAAGCUAUGUUGGAUAUUGCGCAGUGUCUCCAAGUGCAAAAUGUGCUAAACAUUUGCCACACCUUUCUAAAAUCUUCUACAACCAUUGAGCAGCCAGCCAGCAUGCCUUGUAAUAGUGUAUUUUCUCUGCAAAGUACUUUGACUACAGAUUCCAGCUGUGCCAGUGACAGUUAUGGAACAAACCUACUGCACGAAUGUUCAUCGGACACACAGGCUAAUAAGGCCUUGAUUGAGCACCAUUCCCAUGGAUCACAGUCUGUUAAUCUUCACGUGCCCUCAGGUGAUGUACAGAAACAGCCACAUGACUCCUUAGAUGGCAGUUGCACAGAACUUCCUUUUAAACAGCCAAAUUAUUAUUACAAACUACGCAACUUUUACAGUAAACAGUUCUACAAGCAAAAUGCUUGCUCUAAUCAUGAGAGAAUAGCAGAGCAAUCAUUUUCUUACAACACAUCUACAGAAAUAAGCGCAACAGAGAAUAAUUCUUGUACGGUCAAUCACCCCGAAUGUAUUCUGGAAACCUCUGAUCAUUUACCUUCAAACUUUCUGGUUCAGUCCUUGAAUGAAGCUCCUCCAGACCAAGGUUCAGAAAGCACGUUCUUACAGCCCGCCAAGCAGAUGCGUCUGAAAAAAGCAGUACACCUCAAAAAGUUAAAUUUUCUAAGAUCUCAGAAGUCUGCAGAGCAGCCACCUGAGCCUAAAGGAGAUGACAGUGGAAUAACAAGAGUAAUUGAAUCUGUAGAUGAAAAUGCCAUGGGGGUGACAAAUGUCAGAGUUACUGAAGAAAAGGAAACUGAAGAUCUAGGUAAUUCGGAGACUUUUGAACAAACUGUUGAAAUGGAAAGAUCUCAAGGCCCUUUGGAACAAGAAGGGCAAUCACAGACUCUCCAGGCGCAGAGGCAAUAUGCUUGUGAAUUAUGUGGGAAGGCUUUCAAGCAUCCAAGCAAUUUGGAGCUUCAUAAACGGUCUCAUACAGGUGAGAAACCUUUUGAAUGUAACAUUUGUGGGAAACACUUCUCACAGGCAGGUAAUCUCCAGACACACUUACGUCGACAUUCUGGUGAAAAGCCAUACAUUUGUGAAAUCUGCGGGAAGCGAUUUGCUGCUUCUGGUGAUGUUCAGCGUCACAUUAUUAUCCAUUCCGGAGAGAAACCUCAUCUGUGUGAUAUUUGUGGCAGAGGAUUUAGUAACUUCAGUAAUUUAAAGGAACACAAAAAGACCCAUACAGCAGAUAAAGUAUUCACCUGUGAUGAGUGUGGAAAGUCAUUUAACAUGCAAAGAAAAUUAGUGAAGCACAGAAUUAGGCAUACGGGAGAGCGACCCUACAGCUGUUCAGCGUGUGGGAAAUGUUUUGCAGGCUCUGGUGACCUGCGUAGACACGUGAGGACCCAUACAGGAGAAAAGCCCUAUACCUGUGAAACGUGUAACAAAUGCUUCACUCGCUCCGCUGUUCUGCGGCGGCACAAGAAGAUGCACUGCAAAGUCUCCGAGGAGGGUCCAAACACGCUAGAUGAAUAUGCUCAAGGGAUUGAAGCUUCUGAUCUUGACAAAUCUCAGAGCUCCGACUCAUUUGCCCAAGAAAUGUCUGUUACUUUGUUACCAGUGUCAGUUAAAUUUCGCCAAAGUGAUAAUUCAACGGAAUUCGAUAAUUCUGCAGAUUCUUACUGUAAGUUGCGCUCAAUGAUUCAACACCACGACUCGGCAAACCAACAGAAACUGAGUAUGGAUUCUGCAAAGCUGCCGAAAGCUCCGACCCAGCAAACUCCUCCCCCAUCUUACGCUUACACAGACGUGGACGCGUCCUCUGCAGAGGAACCCCUGCAGGCCGAUGGCAUCUCCAUGCUGCGGUCAUCGCUGGGCGGCUUGGACAGCCACUGCAGUGAUCCGCUGGGCAGCCGGGCAGCAGCUGCUGUGUACAAGGGUAACGAGGGACCCUUCUUCUCCAGCAUGACCCUCUGGGGCUUAGCCAUGAAGACUUUGCAGAAUGAGAGCGAACUGGAACAAUGAGGACUCGGGGUACGAAUCAA